CUAUAAAUAAAUUUUAUCUCUCUAGAAAAAAUGUUUAUUUUCAUCUUACAAACCUAAGGGUUUCGGUUUCAUUUUCACAGCUCGAAUUCAUCACUUUAUAAUCAAAAUCACUUCAAGAUUCUUGCAAAUCUGGACUCAUUUCAGUUUCUUCUUUGCAAAGAUAGCAUUUUUUUCAUCAUCCGUGAAAGUUGAAAAACUGGGUUUUUCUUAUCGAUUUGGGCAAAAAGGUUUUUAGUUAUUCUCCUUUUUACAUGGAGAAAAGUAACAAAGCAGUGGAAGAAAAUAAUCACAAAAGUGAUACUAAUACUCCUGUGCCUAAAGCCUUGGGAUCGUUCAUACAAAUUGAAUCAAUAUCUAUAGACCUUGAUAUUCCUAUGCCGAAGAAAGAGGAAGGAAAAUGUCAACAUUAUUUCUCUAUACGUGGAUAUGUUGCUGAGAAAAGAGAAAAAGACCGGAGAAUUUGUGCACCUUUUACGUCAAGCGGUGACCGCAGUAUUUCUGAGGAGCAACUUCCUCCUCCUCCUCUGGAUGUUCCCAAAUUUAGGUGGUGGCGAUGCAAAAAUUGCAUGCGCGAGAUUGGCACAGAAAGUUCAGGAGAAGAGAUUGAGAUUCUUCCUCCAAGCUGCAGAAGUAGAUUGAUCUCUCCAAAUAUGGUUUCUUCUAGAAAUGCUACAACAAAUGCAUUGUUAGAGAUGAAGCAUGAUUCAACUUCACGAAAGGUUGACAAAAAGAAAGCUAUUAUCGUUGAUGCUGCCAAUACCAGUGGCUAUGACUUCUUAUGUAAACCUUACAAAGGAAGGUGCACUAUGGUUGAAGACAAAGCUGUCUCAGCUGGUAACAGAACUGGUUCAGGAAAUGUUAGAAAUGAGGAGAUCAGAUAUCCAACUAUUGAGGUAGCAAUAGCUAAACAUUGCUCAAGCAAAGAAAUAGAUAGAAAGAGCCCUGCUGCUAAUCUGUCAAACAACGUCAUACGAGUUGCAAGCUCUGAAUCAACUCUGUCAGAGGGUAAAAUUGUUCCCCAUGGAAAUCUCUACAUAAGUGCUGAUGAUGUAAGUCCUGAUAUUGGUGCAGAGACAGCAAUGGGUUCUCCAAAUGACGAUCAGAGGACAGUCUCAACAGCUUUUAAGCAAUCUGAUAUACCAGAUACUACUGAUAAUGCUCUUGAAACCAGUAAAACAAAACUGAGUAGGUUACCUUCCAUUGAAUUGAGAGACCAGAAUGGAAUAUCUCCAGGAAGCGACCCACUCAUGGCUAAAAAUAGACAGUUUGAUUCACACAAUGAUGUUCCAAAUGAUGUACCACGCCGGAAAACUCGAAAGGUGCGUCUGUUGACUGAUAUAUUGGGUGGAAAAGUCAAUUUGGAGAGUAAUCCUGCCAAAGCAGAUCGUAAUUCAUUGAGUACCAAGACUGUGGUGCCUCCUGAACUAGAACCAGUUGGUAUGCCAAAGGAUAAGAGAUACUUUCAGAAGAAGAGGAAGAUUCCUCAAGAAGUUGACAGCAAUCUGUCGGGUAUGGGAAUACAAUGCAACAUUGGUAAAAGGGUCAGGUCAUCUAAUGGAGGAGUUGAGAGGAGUUCCAUAGCAGUUGAAACUGCUGAUUCACGUUCAGAUGAGAAGGAAUCUGGUGAAGAAGGUAUACCGAAUGGUAACAAAAAUCUGCGAAUCAAGCAUAGAAAUGGAAUAAAUAAAAAGAAAAAUAAGCAGUUUCGACCUGUCGAUGGAUAUUCCCCUGAAAUGCGCUGGCAGGAUAUAACCAUGGAAAAUGGAGGUUUAAAGGGAUAUAGUGCUGUUAAUAGCCUCGUUCAUCCAGUGCAACAUUCUUCCAUGGGUGGGAAAUUUGAACCUCAUUUAAGUAGUUAUCAGUCAUUGGUAGGAACAGGUAGAGGUUCUGGCUUGUGUUGGAAAAGUAGUAAGUUUCCUGAAGUUGGACGUGUUCCCUCAACUCUUAUGCAUCCUAACAAUAAUUUCCCGGGGGAAAGUUCAACCAGGAGGAAUCAUCUCAUACCAGUGACCAGUGGUAUCGAAAUGAUGACCUUUCAGCCAGCACGUGAAUUAUCUGCUAAAGUAGGGCUAGACCUGUCUUUGAACAGCUUCAGAGAUCCCGACAUACAUGCGGGGAAUGAUAUUACCCAAAGCAAAAAUAUGACAAGCUGGCCAUUCAUUCUCCAGAAGGGAUCGAAUGGUGAUAUUCCUCGAAGGAAAGAUAAUUCUUAUGUCAGACAGUCGAACGUUCCUGAAGCAGGUCAAUCUUCAAGGAAAGAAGUGAUAUAUGACCUCAACCAGGGAGUUCCGCAGACAGCAUCUAUGUGGAAAGAUAUCCAAAGCUCUCCAAUUCUACUUCAGAAGGGGAAUCUUCAAAUUUCUGAGAUAAUGGAAACGCCUCGCCAGCAUAACAAAGAAAAUCUUAAUGAAUUUCUAGAGCAUUCAGAGGCAAUUAAGCAUCGCAGAUAUCAACAUUCUGAGAAGACUUUAGAACGAGGGUUGUCAGAUGAUAUACCAAUGGAAAUUGUGGAGUUAAUGGCGAAGAACCAGUACGAGAGAGGUCUUACUGAGACCAGAACCAAAUGCAUGAGUGAAAGGACUGCUGGUUUUGCAAGGCCAUAUACUGAAAUACAUGAGAGUGAAGCAGUGGCGUUGUCACAUGGUGUACCUAGUUUCCGUCCAGCUAAUGUGAAUAAGAAGACUGAUGUUGGAGCAAGCAGAGGAAGUUCUCUCCAAACCUCUCAUGUUAAGAGGAACCACCUAGGGAUGGAAAGACCACCAACCAAACUCUUUGGUACUUCUCCACAAACUCAACAGAAAUUUCCCAGUGGAGGGCAAGGUUCUGCUUCCGUGCACAUCAGACCUGGUGAAGGAGCAAAACCUGUAUGGUUUCCAACUGUGCAGAACAUGCAGCCAUUGAGACUUGGAAUUCCACAGAAAUCCAUCGGUCAGCCAAAUGAUAAAAUGAUCCAUGGACAGGCACCUGCCUCACUUCAGAAGGGAAGGACCAUAAGUGACAUAAAGUGUAGUGAUGUGAGAAUGCAGAAUGAGCAUCAUGGUCUUUUUCACAAAUCUGAUUCAAACGUGAAAGGUAUGGGGUCCUUAGAUACUUAUUGUAAUGAGACAAUCCCAGCUAUGCAGUUACUCAGCCUUAUGGACCGAAGGAUGCCAUCAACUCCUCCUUUCAAUCUUGAUGCAAACAAGCUCCUGGAGAAACCUUUUUCACCCUGCAGCUAUCACCCGAGGUUUCAUAUAGAUGGAAAGCAGAGUAUUCUCAAUGGCUCAUAUUUAUCACAUCAUCCCUUGAAGGAGGCCCCUGGGGUACAUCCUGGUGGUUAUUAUGCAGAUCAAAUAUCUUUCAAGCCUAGGGGACAAGAGAAAUCAAGAAAAUCUUAUGCUCCUUCGCAAUGUGGCGGAAGCAAAUUACAGAGUUUUGUGUCUUCAAGUGGCCCGCUGACCAUGACUCGAGAUCCUUGUCUUGACAAGGACGGGCAAAAGAGAAACCAAGGCACAUCAAGUUCUCAGAUGCCUCCACAGCAGGAUCGUAAUACUUCAAAGUUCUUCAACUUGGAGGGCCACACUGCUGCUAGAGCUGUACCUGUCAAAAGCAACUGUGAAACUUUGGUUUGCAGCCUUAAUCAAAACCCUGCUGAAUUUAGUGUACCAGAAGAAGGGAACCCCUUCACUAGGACCAUUAAGGAUACAAGAAUCGGCAAGAGCUCAUCAAGAGAGAGAUCUCGCAAUGUUGACUUGAAUAAUAAGCGAAAGCAGCGGAAAGUUGUAAAGGAAAGCGCUGGGAGACUACCACCAUCAGGCCGUGCAUUGUGAAGUCCAUGAAUCGUAUAUUGCUGUUGUUGUUGUUGUGGAGACUUAGUUCUGCUGAAAGCAUACCUCCUAACUUAUACUUGGUUAUAUCAGCUUUUUGUAUGGUUACAGAGCUUCGUGAGACGCGGUUAAUGCUGGUUGGUUUCCCAGCAGGAUAAUUUCAUUUAGUAUACCAGUUAGAGUACUUUUGAGGGCAAAUUACUAUCUAUGAUAAUAAGAAAUGUAUCAAAAUGUUCAGAAAUUUGAAUAGUGUUGUUAUACUAGUCUGGAUACAAACUUGAAUGUUAUUCCAUAACUUGUGUGUUUA